GAGAUGGGGGGUUGGACCCCGUGGUGGGGUGCCUCUCUCUUUAUUGAGCUGCCUCCCGCGGCCUGGUUCGCAGGUUGCUCAGAGGCAGUAUCUGCUGUGGUGCUCGGUCUUUCCCCCUGGACAGGUUCGCAGCCCCUGUCGGGUUGUGAGCGGGCCUGGAUCCGCGAGCCUGUUGUGCGGUCUGUGCCGUACAUCGGGUGGUCGGAUCCCAGGCAGCUGGCUGUCCGGGCCCAGCUCCGCGAGGGCAUCCUCGUGUCUCUGGCUGGCCGGCAGUCUCCGCCCGACCAGGUGUGUGGGUACUGUCGCGACCCCUCCUCCGGGAGGCCGUUUCGCGACUGUAUCAGUGAAGGGAUAGGUCAGAAGUGCAACAACUGUUUGAACGCGGUUGGCAAGCACGAAAGUUUGACGCUACGGCACGCCGAUUGA